AUGUCCACCGACAACGCCAAUAACAACACCAACUCCUCCAACAACCCGAACGAAAUGCAUCGCCAGCGCCGCGGUUCCGUCACCCAGCAAGCCAUUGCAGGCUUGUUCCGAAGCAACUCGACUUCGACCGGUGCAGCUUUCCCCACAGGCACCGCCGAUGCUCAAAGACGCCGUCUCUCCGUCUCCACCGGCCUCGGCCUCACUGGCACUUCGCCCACCGGCCCCAACGCCUUCAACUCCCUGAGGCGCGGAAGUCUGUCAACCAACUCCAACGACUCCAUCGAUGAGAAUGCCGUUGACGAGGAGGAACUGCCUCCCAACGCCCGAACCGCUCCCACAACUCCCUUCACUCGCAGAAUGAGCUUCGGAGCUCAGGCGAUGCGCAACCUGCGCAAUGGCGGUGGAAGUCCGGGAUCAAACGGUAACAACCCACCUGCUUCUGCUUAUCCCUUGCCCACGACACCUGCUUCCUCCGACAGACGCAGCAGCGUCUCCCCUUCGGCUGUUGGGACCGGGGCGAAUGCCACGCCGCCCAACAGUACUUCGUCCAUCGCGGCUGCUCUGUCGUCGGCCAGACGUGGCAGCAGUACUGCCCAGGCAAGCAAUGCACACAGGCAAAGAUCAUCUUCUGACGUUUUCUCGCGCCCAGACCAAGGUUUCAACUGGUCCGAGCAGCUUAGAUCUCGCGCCGAGAGCUCUGUCCAGGGCCCACGACCUUCAUUCUCCUUCGGCUCCGGCCUUUCAACCUCGCCUCCCCGUGGCGUGCCCAACGGUCAACAUGACCGCACCAAGUCCGUCUCCGACAUGCCUGCCCCGCCGGCCCAGGCUGCCGCUAUGAAGCCCAAGGCGCCUGAGCGACCGAAGCCCGAUGCCUUCCAGGAGCGCAUCCUGAAGGGCGACUUCUACAUGGACUGA